CACAGCUUCGCCUGGGGUUCUGUGCCCAGUCCUGGGACUCUGCCUAGUGCUGUUUCUCUCUCUUGCUCUCUCUCUCUGUCUGCUUAGGUGUGACCAUUCUAAACUGAGGGUAACUGGUUCUUGUUAUUUUGCUCAUGGCAGGAUUGAAUACAUUAUCUCCUUGGAAUAAUAGCAUUAUCUUUGACUGGUGCAUGCUGGUCUGGCCAAUUAAAUUCAAAGGAAGAGAGAAUGGAAUGCCUGUGGUAGCAGUGCCUUUUCUUUUUUUUUUCUUUUUUUUUUCCAUUUAAAAGAAGUUAGAAAAAUUAUUGUUGUAAUUCCCAAAGCUUUAUCUAUUGUCUGCUAAUCUUUUAAAGUGGAAGUACAAGCAUGGAGUCAGGCUUAUAUCUUUCAGAGGCAGCUGAGGCCAGAGUCAGAGCCUGACUCUGCCUCACUGAUCGUGUAUCACCUUGGGCAAGUCACUUUGUUUCUCUGAGCCUCAGUUUCCUCUUCUGAGAAAUGGGUAUGGUGAUCCUCUAUCGGAGAUUUAUUCCAAGAGUUAAGGAAGGCAGUGGAUAGAGAGGCCCUUUGUAGCCAUCAGCAUCUGCUCUUGUAUUUGGUCCAGGUUGUUGUUGAAUUAAUAAGUUCUGGUUUUAAAGGUCUCAUGAAGUGUUUGAGAGCAGAAAUCUAAUUCUACUAACCUUUAAGGUGAGGCUUAAAUUCAUUUAGUUUGAGGGAAAAACUGCUCAAAGAAUGUAGUCCAAGAAUACUGCUUUAAAAUAAAAUUAAUUCAGGUCCAAGAGCACCACACAUCCUGACUUAUAAAAGGCUGCUGCAACUUGCAAUCACCAGAAAAACUAACGAUAUAAAGGCCAUCAUGGGUGGCCAGUUUUCCUACUCAGUCAACACCUUGCUGGUGAUAGAUGUCAAUGGAUGUUACUGGAAUCUGAAUAAAAAUCACAUACUGGGGCGAGGUGACAUGCCACUUUUCUCUAUCAGGACUUCCCAUGAGAGGACUUGUUCAUCACAGAUAAAAAUAUAUUUCAGGGCAGCACUGUUAUCCUGAGCUUCAGACCCUCUGGACUUUGUUAGGUUUGGAUGCAAAGUUCUUCUCAAGUGCUCAUCAUCAGCUCUCCAGGUGGGACCUGUGAUGGGUUUUGAAGUGGAGGGCCAGCUCUCUGUGUUGGGCCUAAGUCCUGAUGUGUGACUAGCACACUGCGUGUCUCAGUGCCAUGCCAGACUGCCACAUUGCUACAAAGAGAUGAUUCGUCCUCAUGCCAUCUUAUCUGCUUUAAUGCAAACUGUUCCUUGCACCUCUUAGAAACGGGGAGUUGAGCCGGGCACGGUGACUCACGCCUGUAAUCUCAGCACUUUGGGAGGCCGAGGCGGGCGGAUCACCUGAGGUCAGGAGUUCGAGACCAGCCUGACCAACACGGAGAAACCCUGUCUCUACUAAAAAUACAAAAUUAGCUGGGCGUGAUGAUGCAUGCCUGUAAUCCCAGCUACUCGGGAAGCUGAGGCAGGAGAAUCACUUGAACCCAGGGAGUGGAGGUUGCAGUGAGCCGAAAUCACGCCAUUGUGCUACUGCAGCCUGGGCAACAUCCGUCUCAAAAAAAAAAGAAAAAGAAAAAAAAAAGAAAACAAAUGAGAAGUUGAGCCCAUCUUCACGUGGGAAGGGGGCUGGGCUAACAUCCAUGUGUGUUGGGGCGCUGUGCUGCUGACAGGGGAUGACACAAGGUGGGCAGAGGUAUGGGCAUAGUGCUGUGGUGUUCCCUGUGACCAGUGUCUCAACAAUGGCCCUACCACCUUUGCUUCUGGCUGGCCUGCGGCCACUUCCUCUGUUUCCAAGUCAGCAAUUUUAUAAUUGUUUCAGUUACAGGCUAGCAUUAACAACAGCUAUGAAAGAUUUCAAUAGCUGUGAAAGAUUUAUGAAGUGUGCUGACACAGGCACCAGCAACCUUAUGUUGACCAAGUGAGGACCCAAGAAGUGGCAUAAGGAAACCUUGAUUCGCUUUUGGGCUUGUUGCUGAGACCCUGUGAAGUCCUUUCUCAGCAGUAUUUGCACCAUCAGGCCUCUGAGGAGUGGAUUCCGGAGCUUCUUGGGCCACAGCCCUUUAGGCUGGGUUCUGAUGGGUUAGCAGUGACAUCUUCUGGCCAUCAGUGCUGGAGCACUGACACCUCAAAUCAAGGCUCAAUAUAAAUAUCAGAUAGAGGAGUGUGUGUUUUCCAAAUCACUACAGUUCAAGCUAUACAUUAGCAAGUCUGUAUGUUCUCUGCAGCGUGCGUGUGCGCACACACACACACACACACACACAAUGUGCUUGGUGUCUCACAGAAAAUGUCUUUACCAGACUUUCAAAGCUACACAUAAAAUCUAAGUAGAUAUCCCUCUCAUAGGUUCCUUAGCUUCCUUUCAUCAUGCAGGUAUCAUGAUUAAUUCUUUUUUUUUUCUUUUUAGAGACAAAGCCUUGCUCUGUCACUCAGGCUGGAGUGCAGUGGCGCAAUCAAGUCUCACUGCAGCCUUGACCUCCUGGGCUCAAGUGAUCCUCCCACCUCAGCCUCCCAAGUAGCUGGGACCACAGGUCCUUGCCACUAUGUCCAGCUAAUUUUUGUAUUCUUUGUAGAGAUGGGCUUUUGCCAUGUUGCCGAGGCUGGUCUCAAACUCCUAGGCUCAAGCAAUCCACCCACUUUGGCCUCCCAAAGUGCUACGAUUACAGGCGUGAGCCACCACACCUGGCAAUGAAUUCUCACAACCUGUUUGCAUGUCUCUUUCUUUAAUCCGACUGCCAUUGCCUUGAGUGCCAGAACCAUGUCCUGAGCAGUGCAGGGUUCAGCAAAUGUCUGUUGAAUGAACGAGUGGAUGAUAAGGCAGCAAAUAAGAUGGGAAAAGAUUGACAUGGCUAGAUAUAAUUUCCUGCAAGGGAACAAAAGAGUUUUUAAGAUGCCACUGUCAGCUGGGCACAGUGGCUCACGCCUAUAAUCCCAGCACUUUGGGAGGCUGAGGCGGGAGGAUCACGAGGUCAGGAGUUCGAGGCCAGCCUGGCCAAUAUGGUGAAACCCUGUCUGUACUAAAAAUACAAAUAUUAGCUGGGCGUGGUGGUGCACGCCUGUAGUCCCAGCUACUCAGGAGGCUGAGACAGAAGAAUCGCUUGAACCUGGGAGGUGGAGGUUGCAGUGAGCUGAGAUCCCACCACUGCACUCCAGCCUGGGUGACAGAGUGAGACUCUGUCCCCCAAAAAAAAAAAAGAUGCCACCAUCUACUUAUUUCUAUUUUUAAGUCCAGAAGACUUGAAUUCACUUGUAUCUCAUGGCAAUAGGGGAAGCCCAGUUUGGGAAUAUAUACUAGCUGUUGCCAAAUUCAUUUCAUCUUCAGUGCUCUGUGGUCAGAAUAUCUCUGGGGCAGGGGUCCCCAACCCUACCGGUUUGUGGUCUGUUAGGAACCCGGCUGCACAGCAGGAGGCGCAAUUAGGAACUGGGUUGCACAGCUGAGUCCCGCCUCCUGUCACAUCAGCGGCAGCAUUAGAUUCUCAUAGGAGUGUGGACUCUAUUGUGAACUGCACAUGUGAAGGAUCUAGGUUACGUGGUCCUUGUGAGAAUCUAAUGCCUGAUGAUCUGAGGUGGAACAGCUUCAUUCUGAGACCAUCUUCCCAAGACCACCCCCUUGCUGGUCCAUGGAAAAAAUGUCUUCCAUGAAACCAGUCACUGGUGCCAAAAACGUGGGGACUGCUGCUCUAGGGUGAGUGAGAUGAGAAGCUGGGUCCUAAGGAGCACAGGAGCACCUCAUUGACAAGGUUUCCCCAGAACAGCACCACGGCACUGUAGCACUCAACCACUGAUGCGUGAUGGAAUGAACCCAUUUGAAAUAGAGAAAUGUCAUGACAUCAGGGAGCCAGGUCACUUCUGAUACAAAAUGAAAACAGCCCAACCCAUCAGCUCACGGGCAAGACAACAGAUGGACCUUACAUCUGCCUGGAUGACAGCCAUGGAGUGGAGCGCUUCCACCCAGCAGAUGAAGUCUAAUGUUGGGUGGGGAGAUUGGAUGUAAAAACAUUUCCAGGAAGAAGUGUUCAAAAUAGAAAAGGCUGGUGUGACAUCAGCCUGCCUCAGUGCCGAGAUGGGUGGGGAGGAGUCGCUGAAGAAGCAAGCAAUUUCUGGUGGCUGCCCUGCAGCGUUAGCCAUCCACAGAUCAUCCAGGGCAGCUUCCCCCACUCCCACGACCUGCUGCAGUAUGAGGCAGAGGCAUACACAGGAGGAGGACCACCGGACAUGGGAGAGGCAGGAGCACUCAGAUGCCUCCUUAGAGAAGACCCCACCUGAGUGAGGCCAGCAGAGAACUCAGGUAUCAAAGAUUGGGAGAUGGGGCCUCGUUACUCCUUCCCUAAACAGGAUGCAAUUAUGCUCUACCUGUGGCAUAAAGUGAAAGCACCUAGUGAAAACUGAUUUGAUAAAAUAAGAUUUAAAAAUAUGUAAAAGGUAAAUCAGGUCGAAGGGGAAAUUAACGGACUGUUUUGUUGAGGCCAGAAGGAAAGUAAAUAUGCAGAACGAGACACAGCAGGGUCCUGCACACUUGCUAAAAGAAGGCCCCUCACUUAAGUGCUGAGGUUCCCGGACCCUGAGGCAAAAAGGGAAACAUGACUUUGAAAAGAGUCAGGGUCCCUAAAAUAAAGAGCAGCUGUUCAGGAGCAUCCCUGUCUUUUAAAACAAUGGGGCCAAGAGUAAUUUCUCUGGGGCAUCCUCAUCAAGAGGUUACUGAGUGGUAUUGUAGCAAAGCAGUCCAUGACAUCCCGAAAUAAAUACCACAGGGACUUUCCCAUGGCUGCUGCUUAUAACAAAAAGCCCUUAAUACAAGAGAAUGGAGCGCUCUUUUUUGUGGCACCUCGGAGGCGUUCAGCUGCUUCAAGAUAAAGCUGAACAUCUCCUUCCCAGCCACUGGCUGCCAGAAACUCAUUGAAGUGGACGAUGAACGCAAACUUCGUACUUUUUAUGAGAAGCGUAUGGCCACAGAAGUUGCUGCUGACGCUCUGGGUGAAGAAUGGAAGGGUUAUGUGGUCCGAAUCAGUGGUGGAAACGACAAACAAGGUUUCCCCAUGAAGCAGGGUGUCUUGACCCAUGGCCGUGUCCACCUCCUACUGAGUAAGGGGCAUUCCUGUUACAGGCCAAGGAGAACCGGAGAAAGAAAGAGAAAAUCAGUUCGUGGUUGCAUUGUGGAUGCAAAUCUGAGCAUUCUCAACUUGGUUAUUGUAAAAAAAGGAGAGAAGGAUAUUCCUGGACUGACUGAUACUACAGUGCCUCGCCGCCUGGGCCCCAAAAGAGCUAGCAGAAUCCGCAAACUUUUCAAUCUCUCUAAAGAAGAUGAUGUCCGCCAGUAUGUUGUAAGAAAGCCCUUAAAUAAAGAAGGUAAGAAACCUAGGACCAAAGCACCCAAGAUUCAGCGUCUUGUUACUCCACGUGUCCUGCAGCACAAACGGCGGCGUAUUGCUCUGAAGAAGCAGAGUACUAAGAAAAAUAAGGAAGAGGCUGCAGAAUAUGCUAAACUUUUGGCCAAGAGAAUGAAGGAGGCUAAGGAGAAGCGCCAGGAACAAAUUGCAAAGAGACGCAGACUUUCCUCUCUGCGAGCUUCUACUUCUAAGUCUGAAUCCAGUCAGAAAUAAGAUUUUUUGAGCAACAAAUAAAUAAGAUCAGACUCGGAAAAAAAAAAAA